CUAAAUACAUUUUCUCAUCAGCAGUAUAUAGCAGUCUUGUGACUUCUAUCAGUGUCCAGCAGAGCACUGGUAAAAGCUUGUAGUCGGAGUUUUCAUUCUCCUCUGACUGUCCUAUGAGGCUGCAUAACCUCUGACCCUUUGUCUGGACAGUGCUGUUUGGCCCUGUGCCGAUCACAUGCACCCUCCCAAAGAAAAAAAACUCUCUUUAGCAAAACACACCAAACUGAGCAUGUGCAGCUUGCCCCCAAGGCUCUGUUCUAUCAGUAGAUGGACUGGGGACAGUAGAAGAAGGGGAGGAUCAGAGAAGUCAGGAUCAAACAUCCUUUUUACACAAUGCAGAGGAUUAACCCCUUAGGUUCCACAGGGAGUAUAUCAA